UCGAAACGUUUACCCAAGCAAGCAGCGCGCGUUCGAAACAAGGUAGGCUAGGUAGGACAGUGAUCGGUCGGUACGAUAAUUUGUGGUGAAAAAAAUUGUUAUCCGUUGAAUCGAUUUAGCUGCAAAAGAUCACAAACGGGAUAGCUUGGUUACGAUUUGGUCUGCGUGGAGUGAUAAUUAGUUUAGUUUGUUUUUUUUUCUUCUCCGAAAUACUGUGCAAACAACCUGGAGACAGCUGGCAAUCGCGCUCCUAACUGCAGUUGGGAUUGAUUGAAAUGAAGCCAUCUUACAAUAGUUCAAAUCUAAAAGCAGUAAAAUAGUGGCAAUAAUUUUUAUCAGUGCUCUGAAAGGCAGCAUAAAAAGUGUUGAAAAUUGUAGCAAAAACCAGUGUCAUAAAGUGAAUUAAAAAAAAUAUGAUCCGCUGUGGCAUUCGAAAGAAGAGCAAAAAGUUCAGAAAACAAGUCAUAUCAAAGGCAGAAAAUGUUUAAUGCGAUCCAAUCGGUGUUGCGUAACCGUAGCCAUCAACAUCACCAUCGGGAGAUACAACAAAAUCAGCAACAAGUGCUUUCACUGCUGCAAUCGGCUGUCGUUGUGUUGUGCAUCUGAUAUUCCGGCGGCCAAACGAAACCAAAGUCUGGCCGAAAUUGAAAUUGAAAAGCGAAACGUGAGUGCAAUUUGUGAGAUAUCGGAAGGAACCAUUGGUGUUUCGGUGGUCCGGUGAUCUUGUGCGUGGCGGAAAGAAAAACGAAUAGCAACUCCGUUUUGAGUGGUUCAACCGCGGCGGUCACAGAGUGAUCAUUGUGAUUGGAGAAAAUAGAUAAAUAAUAAAUUGAAGUGAAAAAAUGGGAAAGUCCAACCAUCGGUUGUUGUGGCUGAUUGGUGCACAGUGCCUCAUGAUUGCAGUGUGCGCAGCGCAGAGCAGUGGCGAAGACAUUUCAACAAGCACAGCUGAAGCGAGCACAACACCCACCGAGGUGAUCGAUGAAUCAAGCUCUUCCUCGAUGGUAACGCAAUUAGCGGUUCUUCCUUUGAACCAACCCACCAGUAACCAAAAUGAAACGUCAACCAAAGAUCCUGCAGUGUCUGACAGCAACAGUUCCCCAUCGACGUUCGAAUCAACAUCCCCCCUGACCUCGUCCGAUUCCAUCUCGAAUGAGGUGAGCACCGAGUCAGAUGUUGCCAAAUCGAGUGCCAACGAGUCAUCUUCGAGCGUGACCUCGAUCGAGGAACACUCAACAGAGAAACCGGUUUUGCUCCAUGUCAAGACCGCCGAAGAAGCUACCAACGAUGACGAUCCGGCAAAUCCACCCUCCAUAUUGGACCACUUUGUUCCGAUGGGAGAAAGCUCGUCAGAGGAACUGCUGAAAAUGAGCGACAUAAGAUCAUCGGACGAAAUGAUCCUCCCCAGGGGACGCGCGAUCAGCUUUGGCUCCGAUGGGCCCAUUAAUUUCGUCACUGCGCCAGACCUAGCCACAACAGUGGCUACCAAAAGUUCUACGACUGAGACGCCCGGUACCACGAUGGGUCACGAGAAGAAAUCGCAUUCGGAACUGGGUGACCUCUCCGACAUCAGCAUGGAUGAGGAAGAGGACGUUGAAGAAAGCAACGAGGGAGGUGAGAUAGAAGGCGCGCAUAAUGCGACCAUGAAUCACAUGCCACAGCACUCAGCCGGACGGGAUCUGGUGGCGAUGGUCGUCGGUGAGUGCAUCUACAAUGGCGUCGAGUACAAGACGAAUCAGACCGUUGAUCGAGGAUGCGAGGAACGCUGUACCUGCGAGGAAGAUGGCAAAUGGCGAUGUGAACCUCGCUGUGCCCGGCCGUUCGUCAAACGGGGCAAAGAUCUACCCGAGGCCGGUUGCUACGAGAGUCCCUCCAAGACAGACGAGUGCUGUGCCAAACUAGUGUGUGGCAGUGCGUCCGAACGACUCGUUGAUGGACGAUCCGAAACUACGGAUAAGAUCCCCACGACAUCGACGGCGAUCGUUACAAGCUGCAUCUAUCGCAAUCAAUCCUACAACGUCAACGCCAAGGUGGAGAUGGGUUGCGAAAAGAUCUGCACCUGUAACAGCGAUGGUGAGCUGGACUGUGUGCCACGGUGUCCUGCGAUGAACGAAACACGUUCCGAGCAUUGUGUAACGGUUCCCGAUCCAAAUGAUGUCUGUUGUAAUCGUGAGUUUUGUGACGUUAUUCUAGAUGAUCACGAGCAGAACAGUGCGCUCAUGAUGUCUCCCUCGACGGCAUCACCUACUUCAUCGACAACGGCUGACAGUGUCGGUAAGGGUGAUUUUAUUGGAGAGAUUGAUCAAUGCGAGUACAAGGGAAAAAUGUACACGAAAAACCAACAGUUCCACGACGACUGUAACGCACUGUGUCUCUGUACAGACGCAGGCGUUCAUUGUGCUAAAAUUGAAUGUCCUUCACACUUUGGGUUAGAUGUUUUGGAUCCCCACUGUCUACGCUGGGAACCGGAUCCAGCUACGUUUCGCGCUAUUGUCCCACGUUGUUGUCCGGAACGUAUGAGGUGUGUCGAUAACGGGACCUGCAGUUUCAAGGGUCAAGCUUUUGACAAUUGGUCCGAAAUUCCAAGUAAUUUAACCGGAUGUGACCAACACUGUUACUGUGAAUCCGGAAAAGUCGAAUGCAGACCGGCAUGUCCACCAGUUCCAGCAAUACCUCCACCCAGUUUGCCUUGUAGUCCAAGAAUGGCACGUCUUGCGCCACUUCCGGAUGAUGAUUGUUGUAAGCAUUGGGUUUGUUCCACCGGAGAGCCAGCUUUAACAGGCAAUGAUGUGCUGAAGCCGCUUCUUAUGCCAGACCAGUUUCUUCCAACAAAAGCUCCAAAAACUGAGAAAGGGGACAAACCGAAACAGGAGAAAGAACCAGAAGAACCAAAAGAUCCUCAGCAUGUUCCAUUCUAUCCCACAAUCGACGGAAAACCUCCGAAGGUACCUCAGGAGAAACCCCAUAAGAAAUAUCCUAAAGAUGAUACUAAGAAAGAUCAUUUCAACAAUAUUUUCACUGGCAAUGAACAGACUGAAUCUGGUGGUAAUAAGUAUGAUUACGGUAAUUACGACGAUGGCCCGAAACCAGCCACUCUUGGAGUUCAAAGACCUGGUCCACCUGGUUAUUAUGGGCCGGAAAUUAAGCCUGGCUACAAUGAGUACAACCCAUACAUUCACGUGAGCGGACCACCAGGAGCCGUUCCGCUACCACCGGGCGGUCAGCUACCUCAUCAUCCGCUAGACAAGCAACUCAUCAAUGCACUAGGACCCAAUCCGCAAAACAUUCCACCUAACAUCCGCAUCGAGCAACUACUUCAGCAGAUCCACGCCCAAGACCCAAACUCCGGUCCCAUUUUGCACGGUCAAAACAUCAACAACAAUCCCUUCCAUCAACCGAUCGCACCCCCAACCCAUCAAACAGCGGCCGCUGCCAACGGUAUCAACUACAAUCAGUACGGUGAGCCGCUAGACAUUGGACCAUCACACUCGGCACAGCAACCCGCAGGACCUAACCUCGGCUUCCCGUCGCUGCAAACAGAUCUGAAAGUGCUCGCACUGGACGCGAUCGACCCGAACACCGUUCGCGUAAUCUUCAUCGUACCGCAAGUUUUCGUCGGUCUGCACGGCCGAGUCGAGCUGCGGUACACUCGUACGCGCAACAACGACACCUCGACCUGGCAAGCGCAGGUGUUUGCUCCGCCAGAUGAUCUGAUCGCUACCUCCCAGCUGGAAUUUGAACUGCCUGGACUCGACGCAAACACGGAGUAUCGAGUGAAGAUCACUCUAGUCUUACGGGAUGUUAAUUCACAGCCGUCUAGUCAAGUGUACACCGUUCGAACUCCUUCCGAUCGAUUAAUAACUCCGCCACCACUGAUCAACACAGAUCUGCACUAUCCCCAUCUUAGUCAUCCAACGAACUUCCUUAAAGAGAUCAUCCAAGAUCCACUGUUGCGGGCGAAUGAUGUGAACGCUACCUGGGCUAAAGUCACCUGGCGUAAGCUGGACGACGAGGAACUGGACUACGUGGACGGAAUUCAGCUCCGAUAUAAGGAGAUCGAUGGAAUGGUAUACGAUGCUACUCCACUGAUCCAUCGAGCACUAAGCGAGUACACGGUGGAGAAUCUAAAACCGCAAACUCGCUACGAAAUGGGAAUAUUCUUUAUCCCCUUCCCAGGACAUGGAGAGGAGAUACGGGCUGGAGAGAUGCUGCAGUUUACCACGGCGCAACGAAUCGAUAUGUAUGGAUUCGAAGUCGUAGUCAAUGUCAGCAAGGUAAAAGCCAGUAGCGUUGAAGUCAGCUGGUCAGGGGUGCCCUACCCGGAAGAUAAGUACGUCAAUAUCUAUCGAGCAAUCUACCAAAGCGACAGCGGCAAGGAAGAUUCCAGUGUGUUCAAAGUAGCCAAACGAGAUUCGACAACAGGAACGCUUAUCGUGGACCUCAAACCCGGAACACGAUAUCGGUUGUGGUUAGAGAUGUACCUCACGAACGGCAGUAUAAAGAAGAGCAAUGUGGUGAACUUCAUUACCAAGCCCGGUGGCCCUGCGAUACCUGGUAAACCUGGUAAACUGUCGGUUGCUGGCUCCGAUGCACUUCAGGGUGACUAUUACGGACCACUAGUGGUGGUUGCAGUGAUAGCGUCACUGGCGGUCAUGUCUACUCUGAUAUUGCUGCUAAUUCUCACCAGAAGAAGAGUGCAAAGUGCCACAAUUACACCACCCCGCAAGAACGAGGUUUCCUAUGACAAUCCUAGCUAUAAAGUCGAAAUUCAGCAGGAGACAAUGAAUCUCUAACGACGAGACGACCACGUAGCUGCCCGUUCUAGUUCGGAAACGAUGACGAUUUUAUCUAUUUAUCAACUGAGCCAUCGCAAGGCACUUUUUGUAUAUUUAUUUCUCGCUUUAGAUUUGCUUACAACCCUGUACAUAGGCUAGGUUAGUGAAGUAUCACAUAGGCCAAGAUAUACAAAAAAAAACUAGAUUCCGUCCUCAGCUCCUCUCCUGCAUUUGACGGCGUGUUCAAUUUUUCAGAACCCUACUGCGGCAGUUCCAAAGCAUAAUUUUCUCUGCAAAGCUCUUGACUGUAGAGAAAAGUUCACGAACUGUUAUGUUCACAUUCCUCAGUAGAAAAGUAACCGAACAAAUUCCCAGUGACCAUUUCCAGGUCCUAGUUAGAAGAAACAAAACAUGAGAGACUAAUAGAACAGCUCAACAAUUUGAAGGAACCAUUGGUAGAGUGAAUGAAACGAUCAUUUCAACUGGUCCCGAGUUAACAUUAGGUUUAUACUGAUUAAGUAAAGGCUGUAAAUAUAUUUGUAUACAAUAAACCGAAAUGUCUAAACCCGUACUUUAGAUAAAAUAACUGCACUAGUGUAAUUUCAGAUAUUUUUGUAAAU